AUGGGACUGUACGAUGAGUCCGAAUUCGACAAAUCAAAGGACAAGUCAAAUGUUCGCCAGUUUGACGAAGCUUGCGUGAAGAAAAAUUUCUAUGCUCAACAACACACUCUACAAACGGUGGCCUUCAACUUGAAGGCUCGGCAUGAUUUUCACAAUAAGACUCGCGCGAAUAUGACCGUCUGGGAAGCGAUGGAGAAAUUGAACACUUUUAUUGACGAAUGUGACCCUGAUACCCAGGAGUCUCAGGUAACCCACCUACUUCAGUCUGCGGAAGCUAUCCGUAAUUAG